AUGUUACUUCAUGAUUCCUAUUUUCACGCAUCAAAUCGAUCAAUUAGUAAAAACUACUAUGGAACAGUAGUCGUGUCAUAUUCUCCAUUAUUCCACUCGACGUUUACAUUAAUCAUCAGUAUAUUGGGACUAUUCUUCAAUUUGAUUUGCUCGAUUAAAACUUGUCUCGUUCUUUAUCAAUAUCGACAAUGGAAGUUGAACAAGUCCGGCGGCGACUCACAACGAUCUAAACAUGUUUUAGCACAUACCAAAUAUCGUUUUCUUUUCGUAUUAGCAAGUAGUGAUGUUCUUUUAUCUUUAUCAUCGUUAAUUAGCUGUUUGGAUGAGAAAUAUUUCUAUCAAGCGUUUCUCAGUCGGCAUCAUUUAUGUGCCGCGCAUAUUCUAAUUUGGAAAUUCACACUUCAUUUCACUCCAUUAUUGACCAUUGCUAUUCUUUGUCGUUAUCAUUAUGUUCUGAACAAAACUUUUCAAGUCCGAACGCCGAAUGUGUCGACGUUAAAACAGUUGUUAUGCAGUGAUUUGAACGUCUUGAUUGCCUUUGUUUUAGCAGUUGCUUGGUCGGUCGAUGGUUUAUGGUUGUGGGGUGUGGCGAAUAUUGACAAUUAUAUUAAAUCGUCGCCUAUGUCAACGACGGAAUACAUACAACUGAACGAAACGUUGUUGAAUGACACAAUGAAUAGACAGACUGAAGGAAAGCUAGAUGAAAUCGAUUUAUUUCUACCCGAACAAACAAAAAUUUGUUACUUUUUGACGAAUCAUAAUUUUGAGUUCUCUGUUCGAUUAAUUCAUUUGAUCCAAGCUGAUUUUCUUCUCUUAUUCUUUUUACAUUCAUUUGGUCUUCUUCUCGAAAUAAUUUUACACGUUCGCUUGUGUUGUUGCAUGUUCAUUAAAAAAGUCACAUCAGCAAUUCAGCAUGAACGGCAGUUAUGCCUGUACAUACUUCACAUGUUCAUGUUGAUAACGGUCACAUCGUUACCGUUCUAUUUUUAUCGCAUACGUGGUUUUAUCUUUGACACAUCAGCAAAUUCAGUGGCCAAUGACAUCAAUAUUAGUCGAACAUUCGCUCAAAUACUUCUUGUGGGGAUAUGCAUCAAGCCCUCACUAGUUUUACUUUUAUUUUGUCCGUCAUCGAUAUCGUUUUAUCUCAAAUAUUGUUCGCUGGGUUUUCCAACAAAUAGUCAAUUAGUGGAACAGGAUGAAGAGAAUAAGUCGCUCACAAAUAUUAGCCCGUUAAACGUGCAACGACAACAGCAACAUUAUCGGUAUUCAUUGCAUGUGCACUCAUCACAAACUGGCAAACAUUAUAAGAAAUCUCGAACAGAUUCCAAUCCUGUCUGA